AUGACAGCUUUCUUGGCCAAACAAAUGUUGGGAAACCAGUUGGAAUCUGUUAAAGGUGCCCUCGGUGACAAAGAAAAGGAAGAAAAAAAAAGUGAUGAUGAAGAAGAUCCAGAAAUAUUGGAAGCAAAAAGAGAAGAAGAAGAGAAAAGGAAAGAAAAAUACAGGAAGAUCGAAGAAGAGAGAGAAAAGAUGAGGCAGGACAUUCGAACCAAAUACAACAUUAAGAAGAAAGAAACAAAUGAGCCAGCAGGAAAUGAUCCGUCAUUGGAGGGUAGGUUAGGAAGGAAGAAAAAAAAUCCAGAAGAUCCGGAUGCCGAUGGGACUGCAGAUGUCUCUGAAUACGAGAAUGGAUUUCCAAAAACGUUGAACGAGUUGACAGCGCGUGUCUCUCAACUUCCUGGCCGAAUUAUGGCAUCCGUUUCGGAGGCAUCCGAUCGUUGUUCACUGCAAUAA